AUGUGGAUUUUGAAAAUAUUUCUCCUUUUAACUCUGUAUAAGUAUAUUUUGGUCAUUUCCGACGACAGUGAUGAGCCCGCAUUAUAUUAUUAUGGUUUAGAGGAGAGCGAACGGAGCUUAUCGCCGUGCGGGGCCCGGCAGGCGUGCUCGGCGCUGUUGCUGCGUUACUGGCGCGCCCCAGCCCUGGUGCGCCUGUGCCGCUGCGCACGCCGCCAGCGGUGCGACACUCGCGCGGAACCCAACAGGCUCGUUGAACUCAACAACAGAGCCUUCUUCCAGUUCUGCACACCCGUGGACGGAUGGCCGGAAUGUGGCGUCGCCGACACGCCCCUGGUACUGGAGACCGAGUACGACCGCAUGGACCCCGACGAGCUGGAGAGGAUGCACCACGAGAACCGCCAGCUGACCCCGCCAAGGGUCACGAUGAACUGCCGCUGCCGCUACCCAAACUACUGGCGCCUCGACUCGACGCCUACCAGCUCGGUCGCCACCUACCGGUGCGGUUCCCUGCCGCUCUGCAAGAGUGGCGACCGCUGCGGCAACGUCAACUACGACCUGAACGCACUUUACCAGUCGUGCCUCUGUCCCAGGAACCACAUCUGCGUGCACAACGGCGGCGUAACCAACUAUUACAUAUCGGAGGCCCUGUACCGCGGCAAAGGAUGGAAGGCCUACUGUCAGCCAUUGAGCGACGGCUACGACUAUGACGAA